GCUCUCUCUCUCUCUCUCUUCGUGGAGCAACAAUGGCGACGCUCUCCUCGCUCUCUCCCUCUCUCCACUCCCAUCCCCGCACAUUGCCCUCUCCUUCUCCCUCCUCCUCCCCUUCGUUCCUCUCGCUUCUUCCGCGGAGACCGAAGCCGUUCUCGAGCCCUAGAGCGACCGCGAAUGGCGCCGUACGAGGCGGCGCCGCCCCGGCGGCGGCGGCGGCGGCGGCGGAGUUCGUCCCCGACUCCUCCUCCGACGUGCUCACCAUGUUCUUCAAGGCUGAGGGAACCAUGGAUGAAUCAAAUAUCCCUGCUGUGUUCAAGGCUCUAGAAGGAACAGAGGGAAUCAGUGAUGUGGUGGUGCGGGUCGCGGACGGCGUCGCCAGUGUUGAGUUGACGAAGCAGACCACCGUGCAAGCUACAGGGGCGGCUUCGAGUCUGGUCGAGAUCAUACAAGGGUCAGGAUUCAAGCUGCAAGCUCUGAAUUUGAGUUUCGAGGAUGAAGAAGAUGCUGCAGACUAGUUUUGCAUUGCGACCGAUCUCCGGUUUUGUUGAUGUCAAAUUAAUGCUAUUUUCAACCCCUUUUUUUUUUCUUUUCAUUUUAAAUUUUUAUUUAUUUAUUUAUUUUACCUCCCUGUUGCCGUAUAUACUACUGUUUUGAAUACCAGCCCUUUUGUAUCCAUCGAACUGGAAGUCUCUAUGCUGCAGUUGCUUCUUGUACUGUUUAUAAGUUGUAAAGAUGAUGGGAAAAAAAAAAAUGAAAACUUAUAUAUGUUGUUUA